UGGGUGGUUCUAGAGGGUGAGGCGCAAGGUCUUGAGACCAGAACUGGAGAGGAUGUUCGGGCGUCUGGACUGCACCAGUGGGGAAAGCACCUACCCAUCACACGCCCUCACCUAAUAAGGGUGGGGAUUUCCUCCGCCUCUCCUGCCCGCCUUUUGAGAGAAGUGAAAGUGAAAGGGGGAAAGAGGAGGCUUCAGGGCUGAGGAGAUCACAGCGCCAUGAAGCUCCCGUCUCUGCUCCUCGCUGUGGCUUUGGGCUCGGUGACCACGGUGUCCGCGGGACUGGCAGUGGUAGAGUGCUGGUUUGUGGAAGAUGCAGGCGGGGGCCGCCUGGCCAAGAAACCCGCCGCACUGUUGCUGCGCCAAGGCCCGGGGGAACCCCCUCUCCGGUCAGACCUCGACCCUGAGCUCUACCUCAAAGUGCGUGAUCCAGCAGGCGCCCUCCAGGCGGCCUUCAGGCGGUACCCUCCGAGGGCUCCUGCACCACACUGUGAGAUGAGCCGCUACCUCCCUCUCCCUGCCUCAGCGAACUGGGCCAGCGGCCUGACUCCGGAGCACAGCUGCCCGCGGGCCCUGGACGGGACUUGGUUCAUGGUCAGCGUGUCCAGCCGGGUCAUCAGCCUCUCCAGCCUCCUGCAACUACAGUCGGAGUCUCAGAGGGACUCUGCAUUCAUCACCAUGGCAACAGCUGUGCUGACUGUUGUCACCCACACCCCUACCACUCAAAUCCGACUGGGACAAGAUGCUCUGCUGGACUUGAGCUUUGCCUACAUGCCCCUUACCCCAGAGACUACUACAUCUCUGGUCCCAGGCCCUCCCCCCUUUGGGCUGGAAUGGAGACGCCAGCACCUGGGUAAGGGGCACCUGCUCCUGGCUGCAACUCCUGGGCUAGGUGGGCAAAUGCCAGCUUCCCGAGAUGGGGCAGUGGCAUUUGCCACCUGGGAUGACAAUGAGCCAUGGGGUCCCUGGACCGGAAAUGGAACCCUCUGGCUGCCUUCAGUGCGGCCCUUCCAGGAGGGCUCUUAUCUGGCUACCAUACAUCUGCCGUACCUACAAGGGCAGGUCGCCCUGGAGCUUGCUGUGCAGAAGCCCCCCAAAGUGUCCCUGACGCCAGCACCUCUUGUAUCGGCUGCCCCCGGGGAGGUACCCCCAGAAUUGCUCUGCCUCGUGUCCCACUUCUAUCCCCCUGCGGGCCUGGAGGUGGAGUGGGAACUCCGAGGUGGCCCAGAGGACAGCUUUCAGAAGGCCAAGGGACAAAGCUGGCUGUCAGCCCUGCGCCACCACUCAGAUGGCUCUGUCAGCCUCUCAGCACACCUGCAGCUGCCCCCUGUCACUGCGGCUCAGCAUGGGGCCCGCUAUGCCUGUCGUGUCCACCAUCCUAGCCUGCCUGCCUUGGGGCGCAGUGCUCAAGUCACCCUUGAGGUGGCAGGUCUCUCUGGACCCUCCCUGGAGGAUGGCAUAGGCCUCUUCCUUUCUGCCUUCCUGCUCCUAGGACUCCUCAAAGCGCUGGGUUGGGCAGCUGCCUGCCUGUCUACUUCUAAGGAGUCAAAGGAGAAGAAAGCACAGUGACAGCACUCACCACCAUCCUGGGCAAGCCACCAUCAUCUCUGGCCUGAGCUACUGUGGUAGUUCCUUCCCCCCCAAAUAUGCCAUCACCUGCUCCCACUCCUCCCAAUCUUUCUCCACUGAGCCGCCAGAAUGUUUUGUUUUGUUGUUGUUUUUACAGACACAAAUCAAUGGCAUUCACCUUCUUAGAGUUCUAGGGCAGUGGUUCUCAAAAUUUUUGGUCUCAGGAGUUCUUAAAAAUUAUCAAGGACUCUAAAGAGCUUUUGCUUAUUUGGGUUAUAAAUUAGAGACAUUUAUCAUACUGUGAAGGGGAAUGUAUGUAAAUAUACAUCAUGUAGCUUCUGGAAAACUCCACAGUACGCUUUUGAGAUGAGAGUGAGAAAGGCAAUUAACAUCUUAGUAUUAUUAUGAAAAUCGUUCUAACUUCGUAUACUUUGUGAAGUAGUCUCAGGGACCUCUGAGCCAAGGCCCACACUUGGAGAAUGUGCUUUAGAGGCCAAAUCCAUUCUUCUUGCCCUUGGCAUAUGCAUUUUCCGCUGGAGCCACUGCUAACCUCUUCAACCCCACCAGGUACCCUCCAGUCCUUCUCUCUAGGCUCAGCACACCGGAAGGGCUAUUCCUUCCCUCCAAUGGCCUCCUACCCACCCUCCCUGGGCCCAAGAGCUUUGCUCCCUCUCCCUGGUGGUCUCUAGACCAGGCCAGCCUCGUCUUCCCCUCAGACCCCCGCGUGUCCCAUUUGUGUGGUUCACCACCUUUGUAUUUAAGUCGUUGUUAAAGCCUGUCUCUCCUGGACUUUCUGCUCUUGGAAGGCAGGAACAAAUCUGCUCACUGCGGUAUCCUGGACGCUGGACCUGGGUCUGGCGUCCACGGAAGGCGCUCGGUAUAAGAUACUGUAGUAUUUUCCUUUUCGUGCUAAGUAUUCAAAAGCAGGUCUUGGGUGAAAUAACUACUGGACGAAGGAUGCUGCGGCUCGACUGGAGGACCUCCGAGGGGCAGGGUGGUGGGCCAGACCUGUGAGGGAGGGGGUCUAAUCGGGUGAAAUAAAGUUAUGUUUUGAUGCUUCCAAA